AUGGAGGUAGAGAAAGAAUCAGUGAAACUCAGCCUGAGCAAUGAGCUUACAAAAACAGCUCAAUCUCUAUCCAUGGAAGCCCACAAACAAAACAAACCUUUCAUCACAAACCUCAACAAGAAACCAUCAAUGGAGGUUGCUAUCUUCGCAUUUCCAGGAUCGUGGGAAGUCAGCAACUGGUACCAUGGUGAUCUUUUGGAGAAACCGAGAUCUUUUAAACGAUUCCACGUUCAAAUCCGAGAUAGAGAAAGCUGUGAACGCAAACAAGAAGAUUUUAUUCACGGGCAUUUAUAUGGUGGUGCGACAGCAAGUUUUGCCACACUUUGGAUGCUCGAUGAAUACAUAAAAAAACGCGGUAAAAAACUCCCAAUCGGGUGCGUCACUUUCGGGUCACCUCUGAUUGGUGAUCGGACCCUGUCCCACGCAGUCCGGCGUGAGAAAUGGGCGGGUCAUUUUACCCAUUUUGUCAUGGACCACGACAUUGUUCCUCGCAUGAUGCUAUCUCCUAAGAUAUCAAUUCAACAACAUCUACCUAGCAUUCUCAAAUUCUUCCAACAGAAAGUCAAACCCAUCGAUCAUAAGCGUAAAAAAUCGAGUGCGAGACAACCAAUGGAUGAAGAUCAGUCGAUAGGAGACGCUGAAUGCGUUGAGUUCUUUGAGAAUCUAACCGAUGAAAAUCAAAAGCUAGUUGAUUUUGCGUACAAAAGUUUCUCAAAAAGUUUUAGUUACGAAGAAGAAUUGAAGAACGGGUUGCACCUGGAAAACUUGGUCGACCUGAAAGACCUCAACGACAAGUUGUUGACUCCUAACGGUACUGCAGGUGAUGCGGAUCGUACAAGUAACGAAGCUCUGUUUCAACUGAGUACAAGUGCAAGAUGCUGUAUAAUCGCUGCUGAGGAGGCGGAGAACAGGAAGGAAGAAAACCAGAGGGUGAUUGAUAAGUCAUUGAGAAGAGAGCAAUCUGAAUCUCGGACUGAAUCGAAGAUGAUUGGGGAUAUUCUGAGUGAAAUCCGUAACUACAAAGAUACUAAUGUAGAUUACUACGAGGCAUUCAAGCUUCAAAAUGAGAAAGCAGACUUUCAGGCUAAUAUGAACAGGCUAGAGUUGGCUAAGAUAUGGGAUGUGAUUGUUGAAAUGGUGAUGCGGGAGGAUCUUCCGGAUGAAUUUGAGGGGCGGGAGGAUUGGGUGGAGGUGGGGACGGUGUUUAGGCGGCUUGUUGAGCCGCUGGAUAUUGCGAAUUAUUAUCGACAUUUGAAGGGAGAUGGGUAUAUGAAAUAUAGGCCGAAGAGGUAUAAGUUUACACAGAGAUGGUAUGAACAUGCGAAUGGUAUGGAUUUUGAUGAGGUUGUUUGUGAGAGUAGUUUUGUUGCUGAGGUUGAGGAGAUUCAGAAACAGGAUGUGUUUUGGGGAGAAUCUAUCUUGUCUAUGUUGCGGGAAAAAGUAAAAGUCUGA